UCUCUUUCCCUCUUCUCAUCACCGCUGCAGUCUCUCUCCUCCGCUGGCAUCGGCACGAGUCGUGUAGUAUCAGGCUGGGCGAUGCAGGACUGUCUGCUCAGGACACGCAUGAUCCCAGUGAGGGAUGAGGACGCAGAGUCUCAGAGGAAGGCCAAAUCACGGCAGGCCAGACAGACUCGACGAGCCACACAGGGAGUUACCCUCUCAGAGUUGUUGGAGGCAAAGAGAACCUUCAGCCCGUCAAAGCUGGAGAUGCCCGCAGGCGAGGCGUCUAGAUGUCUCCAGAGAAGAGUCCCCGAGGACCCGGCAGAAACCAGCCCGUCUCUGAGGGAGGAACAGCUGUCUGACAAACACCUGGAUGAGCAAGGAAACUGGAAAAGAAGAGCAAGAAGCAAACCUGAAAGGUCAUCUUUUUGCCUCUCAUCAGUUAAAGGAGCGUGUGGUUUCACCCCGAGUCUAAAGAGUCACAGCACCUCCAUUGAGUCUGAGUGGACAGAUGAAAAUGACAACAUCCUUUACGGUUCCUCGGACGUGUCUCUGAAACAGCAGCUGACCGAAGACCGCGAUCUCAGCACUGAGCUGACCAGCCCGCUCACUCAGAGAAGGGCAAAACGAGCCGUCUACAGCCUCUCUUCCCACUCCUUUUCUAUUUCCCCAAGCCUUCAGCACUCUAAGCUUAAUACAGCACAUAAAGUGAGGGAAACUAAUGAAAAUAAAACAAUAAGAAACAGCCUGCACUGCAAGGCUGACGUGUAA